CACCAUGAAACCCGGCGUACAAACAACUAGGCCACGGAGGUCGUCAAAUAUGUAUAAAAUAUAAUAGACUUCCUAUUAUACUCUAGGUAUAUACCUACUUGAGAUUUGCGCCUGGUCUGGGUGGAUCCACAUAAGCUUCAAUCAGAUACAAUACAACAUACAAGCACUUCUGACUUUGAAGACCUCUGUUGACGUGUAGCUUGUACGGUCAGCCAUACAUCAAAUGUAUAAUCCUAUAUCUAUGAACAUAAAGCUCAAAAUCAGUUAAGGAUAUUUGUCGGUUUUGGGCAUUUUGGGUAACCUGUGGCUGUCUGGUCUGUAUACUGCUCAGCAUCUGUGGUUCCGCAUUCAUUCCUAGACCAAUCCAAUGUCUUUUCUACAUUAAAAAAAUCUUCACUGUUCCUGAAUUCGAGGGAUGAAUAAAAUAACGCACAGUAACGAAUGCCUAUGUAUGGCAUCUGCCUUCUGCCCGUCCUCACAGCUCUUGCAGCCGCCUCUUGUAGUCUGCCACCCCACCCCAGGCCAUGGCAACUUUUGACCCUAAGGUUAUUACGCCCCUAACUAUACUGGCUUAUAUUUAGAAAUGUAGUUAAUUAUUUCUUUACUGUUCCCUGGUAAGUGCCAAAAGAUGGCUAAAACCGUGUCUCGUGAACUCUCGUGGUACUGCGUACUUAUUUAAUAAAACUGGGAUACCUAUUUUUUUGUUUUAUAGUCCAUAGAAUACUAGCAUCAUGUGAUUCUUUUGAUUAAAAUUUUCAGAUAUAUCUGGUUUUUAUCCCUGACCUUCUUCGACAUUGGAGUAGCGACGUUAAUGUAGAUGUAUUUAUUAUUACCGCAGCACCUUACGCAAACAUAUGGACGGUGUUGCUGUGCUAAAUAUUUUCCAUUAAAUUAAGGCAUUACGUAACUCUAACUCAAACAAAAAAAAUGCUUCAGCCUAUACAAAACUCUCGAAUUUCUCCUAUAUUUCCAACCUUUGCUGCUGUUUUUAAAGUCCAAAAUCGAUAGAAGAUUUUUGACAUGUUGUGGUGGUGUUCUAAGUCAUUGUAUCUACAUUCAUCCCUAUUUUUUUAAUAUAAAUUCCUUUCGUAUUAAAGAUACCUACGUAACAAUGGAAUGUUAAUACGUAACAGUAGCAACGAAUUCAAAUGGAAUAAUGUAAAACGUACAAGAACAGCAAAUUGAAAAGGAUGACAAUAAAUAUACAAGUUCUAUUUAUCUUAUGCUACUUCUUCACAUGACUAUUCAUGUUUUUUGUUUGCAAUUUUCACAGCAGUCAAUUUAAUAUAUUAUAUUACAUAUUUUAUAUGGUACGCCAUAGGUAUUUUACGCCAUAAGCACGCUCUAUAGGAAAUAAAAAGGAGAGACUACGGCCGAAGUAACAAAUAGCAUAUACGAAUAACAAUGUAAUGUACCAGAACUACUUCUCACUCACUUAAUAUGCUAUUUUACUUUGGCAUCAUUCUGUAGCUGGUGGUGAUAAGGAAAGGAAGGGAGCCCCCCUCUGCCCUCUUGUCUCAGUUGGUGUUCGUGAAAUCGAAAGAAACACCUUGUUUCUUCCAAUAAGCAGUGUCAGAAACAGAAAAUAUUACAAUGUCGCAAGCAUUAAAAGGAUUGACCACCCAACUCUUGAAAAAUAAUGUGGAUGCUAUCAACGUCGGCCUUCGGGCUAGCAGUACCUGGUGGAGCAAUGUGAAUAUGGGCCCUCCAGAUGUGAUCCUUGGCAUCACAGAGGCAUACAAAAGAGACACAGACGCAAAGAAGGUCAACCUCGGUGUAGGAGCUUACAGAGAUGAUGAAGGCAAGCCUUUUAUUCUUCCGUCAGUCCGAAAGGCGGAAGAAAACCUGCACUGCAAGAUGCUGAACCAUGAAUAUGCACCCAUCGGAGGUGAAGCUGGCUACACAGAUUUAGUUGCUAAGCUCGCUUUUGGUGACGACAGCCCUGUUUUAAAGGAAAAGUCAAACUGCACUGUACAGACAUUAUCUGGCACUGGCGCUUUACGUCUCGGAUUAGAGUUCAUCACCAAACACUAUGCCCAAAGUAAGGAGGUUUGGAUGCCAGCUCCCACUUGGGGCAACCACCCCCAGAUCUGUAAUACCCUCAACCUUCCACACAAACAGUACCGUUACUACGACAAGAAGACCCAUGGCUUCGAUCUAUGUGGUGCACUAGAAGAUAUUUGCAAAAUCCCAGCUGGAUCCAUUAUCUUGCUUCACGCUUGUGCGCACAAUCCCACCGGUGUAGACCCAAACCAAGAGCAAUGGGUGCAACUGUCACAGGCGGUCAAAGAGAGGAAACUUUUCCCGUUCUUCGACAUGGCUUACCAAGGUUUUGCAACUGGCAGCGUGGACAAUGACGCGUUUGCCGUAAGACAGUUCGUCAAAGAUGGCCACCAAGUCAUGCUGGCGCAGAGCUUCGCUAAAAACAUGGGUCUGUAUGGCGAACGAGCUGGCGCCCUCACGUUCCUCUGCGGCGAUGCGGAAUCUGCGGCAAAAGUGAUGUCCCAAGUGAAGAUCAUGAUUCGCACCAUGUACUCCAACCCGCCAUUAUACGGUGGCCGCAUCGUGCAGGAGAUUCUAUCCAACCCAGAGCUCAAGAGCCAAUGGUUGUGCGACGUGAAACUGAUGGCAGACCGCAUCAUCAGCAUGCGUAAGCAACUCCGCGCUGGCAUCGAGGGCGCCGGCAACAAGCAGAACUGGCAGCACAUCACCGACCAGAUCGGCAUGUUCUGCUACACCGGCCUCAAUCCCGACCAGGUUGCCAAGCUGACCAAGGACUUCCACAUCUACCUGACCAAAGACGGCCGCAUCUCAGUCGCCGGCAUCUCCUCGAAGAACGUCAACUAUGUAGCUGAAGCUAUGCACAAAGUUACAUCCUAAACAACUUCACUCGACACUACUACCCUAAUCUAGGGUUGCC